GUACACCAGUUUAGACAGUUCAGCUACAAAGAACAAAUCUCAUGAAUGACCAGUCCCUGAAUAAUGGCGUCUCCUCGGCCGAAGUCACCUCGUACUCCGAUUUCUACGAAAAAGGAGGAUAAAGAAGAGAGCUUUUGGGAUAAAAUUGGAACGCUAGGACGAAAGAAACGCAUUAAAGAAGUACAAGAUGUACAAGAAGAAGGGAAAUAUGCAAUCGAUUCACCUGGGUAUGCAGCUAAUCCUGACAUGCCACCAGAAGAAUAUGCUCUUGAUGAAAACGAGGAACGUUCCAUGAUAGAGCCAAAAUCUUUGGAAGAUCCCAAACUGCAAGAGCUGAUAUCUAUAUUAAUCGAAUGGAUUAACGAUGAAUUGGCUGAUCAGCGAAUCAUUGUGAAAGACAUUGUGGAAGAUCUUUAUGAUGGACAAGUGCUGCAGAAACUUUUAGAAAAGCUGACUGGAGAGAAACUGGACGUACCUGAAGUAACUCAGUCAGAAGAAGGACAGAAACAAAAACUCGCCGUCGUCUUGUCCGCCGCUAAUCGAGUGCUGGGCCGUUACCCGCCUUACAGGUGGAGCGUCGAAUCUGUACAUACAAAAAACAUCGUUGCGAUUUUGCACCUUUUAGUUGGUCUAGCCCGGCUCUUCCGCGCUCCCGUUAGAUUGCCGGAGAGAGUUGCCGUUCAAGUGGUCGUCGUGCGUAAGAAGGAAGGUCAGCUGAUACACAGGACAGUAAGAGAAGAGCUAACGACAACGUACGAUGAUUUGGGUAUGCGCUGCGAACGUGAUGCAUUUGACACUCUUUUCGAUCACGCGCCCGAUAAGCUGGCUGUCGUAAAGAAAUCCUUGGUGACAUUUGUAAAUAAGCAUUUAAGCAAAGUACAUUUGGAGGUGACUGACCUGGACACUCAAUUUCACGACGGUGUUUUCUUGACUUUACUGCUUGGUCUUUUGGAAGGUUUCUUUGUGCCACUGGGUAGUUUUCACUUGACACCAAAGACCAUUGACCAAAAGGUGCAUAAUGUUUCGUUCGCGUUUGAUAUUAUGCGAGACAUAGGGCUUCCGAAACCCAAAGCCCGUCCUGAAGAUAUCGUAAAUUUGGAUCUCAAGUCCACGCUUCGUGUGUUAUACAAUCUCUUUACGAAAUAUAAGGGGAUAAAUUAACAAAAUUAAUGUACUCGGCAAGCCGCUUUUAUUAUGCGAAUGCGCGUUUUCACGCUUUGAUAAAAUUAAUAAGUUAAUUAUGCUAACACGCGAAUAUACGACAUACGAAUCUAUUAUUGUAUACUGCCAUUAAAAGAUUGUUUAUAUGAAGUGUUUAGUUCAUAUAAACAGCGGGAAAUGAAAAGCCAAAUAAGACAACUAUACACAUAAUGAGCUUUAUGUAAUGUGCCUUUUUACUUAUAUAAUGUAUAAUAUACACAUAUAUAUAGUAUUUUAUUAAUAUUUAUUUACAUCAUAACAUAGCUAUAUUAAAAUUUUGUAUAAAUCUGGGUAUUUGUAUUAAUAAAUGUUUUAGCUGUUA